CGCAUGCUUACUGCUACUCUGCUUCUCCUGCGCUCUUUCAACCGCCUAAAUUGACUCAGAAGUUGUAAUCGGAACUGUCUUCGUGGGCUUGUGGAAGCCAGAAUCCUACAAAGUCCUCCAGACACUCUCUUCGAUCACGACCACGACCUCCGCUGGUCCAACAUCUUACGAACAGCUACUGGGCAAAGCGCGAGACAAGUCGCAAAAAUGCAGACCAAACAUUUCAUCGAUGAUCCCACUCAUCUUGUUCAAACGUCCCUCGCGAGCUUGACCCUGACCAACCCCUCUCUCGCCUUUGAUUCACAAAACAAGAUCGUAUACCGGAGGCCGACCAAGGAACAGCAGGAAACCCCCAAAGUCUCGAUCAUAACUGGUGGAGGUAGCGGCCAUGAACCGGCUUUUGCUGGGUUCGUUGGAAAGGGCUUUGUUACCGCGGGCGUAGCUGGAACCAUUUUUGCGAGCCCAAACACCUUACAGGUUCAGAGGGCUAUUAUGUCGAGAGUAGACACUCGUCGCGGUGUAUUUGUUAUCACUUUCAACUACACUGGGGACGUCCUUAACUUCGGGUUGGCUGCCGAGAAAGCGAAAGCGGCAGGCAUUGAUACCGAGUUCUAUGCCAUUGGGGAUGAUGUUGGUGUUGGCCGGGAGAAAGGAGGAAAAGUUGGAAGACGUGGCAUCGGCGGAUCGAUACUGGUCCUCAAGAUCAUUUGUGCUCUUGCUGAGGCUGGUGGCAGUCUGUCAGAGGUGUAUAACCUGGCCAAGAAGGUGGCCGGCAACCUCGUAUCUGUUGGUGCUUCGAUGGAACACGUCCACGUCCCUGGACGUGAGGUCCCCGACCCGAAUUCCGAUGAGAUCAUCCCGACCGAAGAGAUCGAGAUUGGCAUGGGUAUCCACAACGAGCCAGGCUCUCACCGGGUGUCUGCAACGUUGCCGGAUCUGGUCAGCACCAUGUUAAAACAACUUCUGGACCCUAAUGAUCAAGACAGACAUUACGUGGACAUCACGAAGGACGACAAGGUCGUCUUGCUGAUCAACAAUCUCGGCGGCGUAAGCAACCUCGAAAUUGGUGGCAUCGUCGCUGAAGUGCACGAACAACUAAAAAAAAAUUGGGAAAUUGUUCCGGUCCGUGUCAUCGCUGGCACUUUCAUCACUUCCCUUAACGGUCUUGGAUUCUCAGUUUCUCUGCUCAAACUGGGAGACACCGGACUCGGGGCUGGCAAGUCGAUGCUUGAAUUGCUGGACGCCCCAGCGGAAGCUUUCGGAUGGAGUGCUGCCGUUCGAACAGAGACCUGGAACGCCGACAACACCGCCAUCAUGGACCAAACCGCCGACACCGCUAAGGAUAUGAAAGCUAGCAAUCUAUCUAUCGACCCGAAGCAGACUCAUACUGUGCUCAAGGCCGGCCUCGACAAGAUGAUCGCUGCAGAAGCAGAGAUCACCAAGUUCGACACCAUCGUCGGCGACGGAGACUGCGGGACUGGUUUAAAGCGUGGCGCAGAGGCUGUCUUAAAGGAGUUGUCGUCCGGCGACUUACCUACCGAUGCCGUCUCCUUUGUGAACAAGAUCGUGCCCGUCGUAGAACAUACUAUGGACGGUACGAGUGGAGCACUCUUCUCCAUCUACCUCAACGCGCUGGUCCACGGGCUUCGAGAACAAGACUCGACAUCAUCUAAACAAAUGGACUCAAAGACAUGGGCUGCCGCGUUAAAGUCGGCUUUGCAGGCACUUGGAAAAUAUACACCGGCUGUGCCUGGAGACAGGACUAUCAUGGAUGCCUUAACCCCUUUCAUUGACACGUUGGCUAGCAGUGGUAAUGUGAAGAAAGCCGCCCAAGCUGCGAGAGACGGCGCCGAGAAGACCAAGACAAUGAAGGCGAGCUUAGGGCGCGCUGUGUAUGUUGGCGGAGAGAGUGAAUGGAUGGGCAAGAUCCCCGACCCCGGGGCUUGGGGAUUAGCUGAGAUGCUGGAUGGAUUAGCUGGUGCUUGCUAGAGGCAUGGUCAGUAGGAGCCCUUCAGAGCCAGUUCGCAAUUCAGUUUAGGCAAAAGUCAGCACUUGGAACUUUUCUCAACAAAUGAGAUUGUCGCAUAAAA